AUGAAUUUUUAUAUUAGUGGUCAGAGCAGUGCUUACCCUACGAAUAUGUCGUCUAGUUCUACUCACACGUCGUCAAUCUUUUCGCGCGAAAAUGAGGAUUAUUACUGGAGGAUUCGGGAGAUAGAGCAGUACUACAUCAAGACAUUGUUGUCGGAUGACCAUGAGUUUGAGGCAGUGUCGAGUGGGUGUGAUGAGGGGAAGCCGCAGGUGAAGGUUGGGGGGGGUGUUCCUGGGUGGUUGCAGCGGUGUGGGGGUUUUGGUGAAGAGCAGGGUGGUGUGGUUGGGUCGGAGAGUAGUUUGGAGGUGGAGAUUAAUUCUCAGUACAGGCCUGCUAAUGGGACGCUGCCGUUGACGACGGAGAAUCUUGCUAUGCUGCAGCAUCCGGUGCGUGAGGGUGAGAAGGAGAGUGUGGUGGUUGCGGGAGUGCAGCAGCGGCAUGUGACGCAGGAGGAUGGGGAGGGGCGGGCGGCGGAGCUAGAUGAGCAGCAGCAGCAGCAGCAGCAGCCACAGGAGAAGGUUAACAAGACUCUUUACAAGACGGAGCUGUGCGAGUCGUUUGCAACGACGGGGUUCUGCAAGUAUGCGACGAAGUGCCAGUUUGCUCAUGGGUUGCACGAGUUGAAAUUCAAGGAACGGUCGAACAAGUUUAGAACGAAGCCGUGUAUUAAUUGGUCUACAACGGGCUAUUGUAGAUAUGGCAAGCGGUGUUGUUUUAAGCACGGGAACGACCAAGAUAUCGAGGUUUAUUUAAAAGCUGGACUUAUUAAGAUGAACGCUGAUGGUACCACUGACGAAGAAUAUAAGGGCUGCGAUUCACAGCUGGUUACGGAGAAGAAGAGGAAUUUGCAUGCUAAUGUAAAGAUUUUACAGACGAUGAUCUGGUGA